AUGUCCUUCAUCGAGACCAAGCCUGACUCGGACUUUUCCAUCCACAACAUCCCUUUCGGAAUCAUCUCCACUCCCCACAACGCUGCUCCCCGCGUUGCUACCCGCAUUGGCGACUUUGCCGUCGAUCUCUCCGUCCUUGCCCAGGCUGGCCUCCUCUCCUCCGUCGUCGCCGAUGCCCAGGGUGUCUUCUCCCAGCCCACGUUGAACUUGUUCAUGACGUUGGGCAAGCCCGUCUGGUCCGCUACCCGCAAGCACCUUCAGAAGCUCCUCUCUGCCUCCGAGGCCACCCUCCGCGACAACAAGGAUCUCCUCGAACGCGCUGUCUUCCCCAUUAACACCGUCAAGACCCACAUCCCCGCCAACAUUGGAGACUACACUGACUUUUACGCCUCCAAGGAGCACGCCACCAACGUCGGAAUCAUGUUCCGUGGCAAGGAGAACGCCUUGAUGCCCAACUGGACCCACCUCCCCGUCGGUUACCACGGCCGUGCUUCCUCGGUCGUCAUCUCUGGCACAGAGCUGAAGCGCCCCCAGGGUCAGCGCGUCGUUGUCAAGGGGGAGGCUCCCCAGUUCGGUCCCUCCCUCCGCAUGGACUGCGAGCUCGAGAUGGCCUUCUUGGUCGGCACCGGCAACAACUUGGGUGAGCCCAUCACCAUCGACAACGCCAAGGACCAUAUGUUCGGUGUUGUCCUCAUGAACGAUUGGAGCGCUCGCGACAUCCAGGCCUGGGAGUACGUCCCCCUCGGACCCUUCCUCGGCAAGAACUUUGGAACCACCGUUUCCGCCUGGGUCGUCACCAUGGACGCCCUCGAGCCCUUCUUGGUCAACGGCCCCGUCCAGGACCCCAAGCCCAUGGCCUACCUCGCCGAGUCGACCGCUUCCGCCUACGACAUCAACCUCGAGGUCAAGCUCAAGCCCGCCGAGAGCUCAAAGUACAGCGUCAUCUCCCGCUCUAACUUGAAGUAUAUGUACUGGUCCUUUGCCCAGCAGCUCACCCACCACACCGUCGGCGGAUGCAACAUGCGCUCCGGAGACCUCUGCGGAUCCGGCACUAUCUCUGGACCCACCGAGGACUCUUUCGGCUCCUUGUUGGAGCUCUCCUGGAGCGGUGCCAAGGAUAUCCAGCUGGAGGAUGGCAUCACUCGCAAGUUCUUGAAAGACAACGAUGAGAUGAUCUUGGCCGGUUGGUGCGAGAAGGAUGGCGUCCGUGUUGGCUUUGGCGAGUGCCACGGCAAGAUCCUCCCCGCCCGCGUGUAA